AUGAUAGACUUAUUUCUAACUCAACAAAUAAGUCAAAAAGUAUUUGGAAAAUCGUGGAAUAACAACUGUGCAAACAAACAAAACAAACCCCCAAUGACAAUUGGUCCCGAUGCAUUUAAUGAUUUUUUCUCUAGUGUGGCGGAUGUCUUGGUCGGAAAUGGACAGUAUUCUACACAAGAUAUUCCAUUUCGGAUUACUUAUCUGCCGGAUGAGGAAUUCAAGUUCGGAGAUGUGGGUUUUAAUGAGGUCAGGGACAACAACGACCUUCAGCUUACGUUACAAGAUGGUAUCAUCCAAGGGCAAGAAGAAACCACGAUAUCUAAUAAGACCUUUUAUAGCUAUGUUGGUGUGCCUUACGCCAAACCACCCAUAAAUGAUCUCAGAUUCAGGGAACCGCAGCCUCCCGAAAAAUGGACUGGAAUAUUGGAUGCUACAGUCGAAGGCCCAUUUUGUGCUGGCGUAAAUAUAAGUGCUAUGGUAAAGAUGGAGUUUAAACCCCAAGGAGAAGAAGAUUGCUUAUAUUUAAAUGUUUAUACGCCAAGGGAUCCCAAAGAAUCGAAUCCAAGAAAUCUACUUCCAGUAUUAGUAUUUUAUUAUGGAGGAGCUUUCCUUGGUGGCGGACCAGUAAAAGAUCGUUAUGGUGCAGAUUUCUUCAUGGAAAAUGAUCUUAUUGUUGUACUUCCUCAUUUCAGAAUAUCUAUUUUUGGUUAUCUGAGUACAGAAGAUUUAGAAUGCCCUGGUAAUUGGGCAGUUAAAGACCAACUUGCUGUGCUAAAAUGGGUUCAAACGAACAUAAAGCGUUUUGGAGGUGACCCUGGCAGGGUAACUAUAGCUGGGCAAAGUGCUGGAGCUGUCAGUGUGAAUUCCUUGUUUAUGUCGCCAAAGGCAAAAGGGUUGUUUCACAGAGCAGUAAUUAUGAGCGGUUCUAGUCUGUGCUUUUGGGCUUACCAAACAGAUUCAAGAAAAAUCGCUUUCGACUUGGGCAUCGCACUAGGCAUCGAAACAAAUGACACAAAAUAUUUAAUGCAGGAAUUACGAAAAGUAGAUAGUAACGCCAUAAUGGAGGCUCAGCUGCCUGUGAUGCUAGUGAACUUUAUGUCAGCACUUACUAAUGGACUACCAUUUACACCAGUAGUAGAACCAGAUCAUGAUGGUGCGGUUUUAACUAAUUAUACAUUCAGCCUCCUUGAAAAGGGUAAAUUCAAUAAAGUACCAGUAAUGACAGGGGCGGAUGCAGUUUUAAACACAAGAAAUAAUAAUGAACGUGAAGAAGACACCCCAACGCCUAUAAUCGAGGCCCCUCCAACGUCUAUAAUCGUUCAAGAGAUUGACAGGAAUUCAGGAAGAGAUAAAGGACGUAUUAAAAGGAAAGUAAAAGAAACAAUCAACAGAUUCACUGGAAUUAUGUCUCCGAAUGGCAUGGAAGAUAUCAAAUUGCAACUGUCCAGGAUGAGAAAUCAAGUUGCAACAACCAACUCUAAUGUAUGAACAUUUAGUAGUCUUUAUAUUUAUACGUUAUUUUUAUACAUUAAUAGUACAUAUUAGUAUUUUAAAAACGUCCAUUGACCUAGUCUGAAUUCAUGUUGAUGAAUAUCCUCCAAUAAGAGAAUAAAAGGCAUAGAACCUUCACUAUUUUAUUUAAAAAAAAUAUUUAAUUUUUUUACAAGUAGAGCUAGCGACAUGUUUCGAGACGGUGUAGUCUCAACCUCAGGCCCAAGACGAUAAAGUCAUAGACUACCACCACGAGAACCG